ACACUCUCUGUUUUGUGUUCACACCCCAUUUUCCACUCAUUUCAUCUCCAACAUCUCCUUCCACGUACAAACAAAUUCAAAAACCCCAUCUUCCAUCUCCGCCCUUCUUCCUCAUCAUCGAUCAUCUUCCCCACCAAUCCUCAGAUUCAGUCAGUCACCACACACAAUGGAAUCUUCAUCUCCAUUGUCAAUGCACCAGCCCCUCUACCGCCGGCAAGACGACUCUGCCUCCGCCGCGGUCAAACCCACCUCGACUCCCAACAGGAAAAGCUUCCGCGCCCCGUCCUUCAAGGAGGACACCUACUUCGCCUCCGAGCUCAGACACUCCGAGAAGAAGGCCCUCUCGGACCUCAAGAUCGGCCUCGCCUCCCUCGCCCCCGCCGCCUCCAUGUGGGGCAUCCCCCUCCUCUCCGGCGACGACCGCGCCGACGUGAUCCUCCUCAAGUUCCUCCGCGCCCGGGACUUCAAGGCCCCGGACGCCCUCCACAUGCUGGUGAAGUGCCUGGCGUGGAGGAAGGAGUUCGGCGCGGACGAGGUGGCAGAGGAAGAGCUGGCCGGGUUCGAGGAACUCCAAGGGAUUGUGGCCUACAUGAACGGCUACGACCGGUUCGGCCACCCGGUUUGCUACAACGCAUACGGGGUGUUCAAAGACAAAGAAAUGUACCGGAGAUUCUUCGGCGGAGACGGGGAAGAAGAACACGACCGCGGCGGCGAAGGCGAAGAGAAGCUCAAGAGAUUCCUGAGAUGGAGGGUUCAAGUUCUUGAGAGAGGGAUAAAGCUUCUCCAUUUCAAACCGGGUGGGGUCAAUUCUCUGGUCCAAGUCACUGAUCUUAAGGACAUGCCCAAGAGAGAGCUUAGGGUCGCCUCUAAUCACAUCCUCUCCCUUUUCCAGGACAACUACCCCGAAUUGGUCGCCCGCAAGGUGUUCAUCAAUGUCCCAUGGUACUUCAGUAUGGUAUACUCAAUGUUCAGUCCAUUCAUGACGCAGAGGACGAAGAGCAAAUUUGUCAUCUCCAAGGAAGGAAAUGCUGCUGAGACCCUAUACAAGUUCAUCAGGCCGGAGUAUGUACCGGUUCAGUAUGGAGGUCUAAGCCGGCCGAGCGAUUUGCAAGAUGGUCCGCCUAAACCGGCCUCUGAAUUUACUGUCAAGGGAGGGGAGAAAGUCAACAUUCAGAUUGAAGGCAUUGAGGGUGGCUCGACAAUAACAUGGGACAUAGUGGUGGGAGGAUGGGAAGUAGAGUACACCGCAGAGUUCGUACCAAACGCCGAGAGCAGCUAUAGCAUUGCCGUGGAAAAGCCUCGGACGGUUGCCGCCGGGGAAAUGGCAGUUCGCAACUCCUUCAAGUCACCGGAGGGCGGCAAGUUGGUGCUCUCCGUCGACAACACCGCCUCGAGGAAGAGGAAAGUCGCCGCUUACCGAUACCUUGUCCGUAAAUCGUCUGCCGUUGUCUAGUACCCGUUGCAUCCAUACUGUAUGGUUUUUAUGAAUUGAUUACCACCCCCAUAUAAAUAAUAUUUUGGGUUAAUUAGUGUAUUUAUCGAAGUUCAUGACCUAGCUAAUCUCGAUCUUGGGUUCUUUUUUGAUCCGUUCUUUGAUGGUUUUACCUCUUUAUGGGUACAAACUUUAGUCAUAUGCGUACUACGGAGUAAUAAAUAUUAUUUGUACAA